ACCUAAAGCUAACUGGCCGUGGGCAAUAGCUAAGUUUGGACUAUUUCAUUAACAUCACAAAGCUUUAAAUUAAAUUCAUAUAGACCACCAAAUGAAAUUCUAAAUAUUACACCAGAUAUAUAAUUAUAUGACCUUUGUAGUUCAAACGACUAGUUUACCCCAACAAAAAGAGUCUAGAUAAAGUAGCUCAAAGCUUCAGGGUAAUUUGAUGCCUCUACGCGUGUCCUGGACGGAGAGAGAGGGAGGAGAGAGAGGCAGUAGAGACCGUCACAGCAGCUCUGCAGCAUGACUACAAACCAUUAGAGCAAACAGACCUGACCGCCUUGACAGACAGCGCACCUGUAGGCAAUUUUCUAAGGCUGACACGUCAACUUUUUCAGAACCGAGGAGGACGACUGGACCCCAGACAGAAAGUGGUCUCUGACUACUGUGCGCUUUACAACAUUGAUCAGUAGACAUGGUGGACACCCAGCAGCUCCUAGCCUGGCCUGUGGGAUUCAGUCUGAGCGCCGUGGACCUGUCAGAGUUGGAUGACAGCUCCCACUCCCUGGACAUGAAGCAUUUGUCCACGUUAGACUAUGCCUCCAUCUCCUCCUCCUCCGUCCCUUCCUCAAUGUCCCCCACACUCGUUUCCUGCGUCGCCUCUGCCGGUAUGGCCUAUGACCCCAGUCCGCCGCAAAGCGAAGAACACCUGACCAACUUAGACUACACCAACAUGCACAGCUACAGGACUGAGUACGACAUGCACAACUCAAUCAAGCUGGAGCCGGAGUCGCCUCCUCAGUACUCAGACAGCCCCGUGUUCUCCAAGCACCAGGACGAUACGUCGACCACAGCUCUAAACAUCGAGUGUCGGGUGUGUGGAGACAAAGCAUCAGGGUUUCACUACGGUGUCCAUGCCUGUGAGGGCUGUAAGGGUUUCUUCAGACGCACAAUCAGGUUAAAGUUGGUGUACGAUCACUGUGAUCUUCACUGUCGCAUUCACAAGAAGUCUCGCAACAAGUGCCAAUACUGUCGCUUCCAGAAGUGCCUCAAUGUCGGCAUGUCGCACAACGCCAUUCGUUUUGGCAGAAUGCCGCAGGCGGAAAAGGAGAAACUUCUCGCUGAGUUCUCGUCUGACAUGGAGCACAUGCACCCAGAGGCCGCAGAUCUGAGGUCUCUAGCCCGACAUCUGUACGAGGCCUAUCUGAAAUACUUCCCCCUCACCAAGGCCAAGGCCAGGGCCAUCCUCUCUGGGAAGAACGGAGAUAACUCACCUUUUGUCAUCCAUGACAUGAAAUCUCUAAUGGAAGGAGAGCAGUUUAUUAAUUGUAAGCAGAUACCAAAUCAGGAGCAGCAGCAGCCAACAUCAGCCCUAACAAUUGGACAUGGAGGUUUCCCUGCAGCUCACUCAGGUUCAGAGUGUGCUAUUUUGGAUGCCGUGGAGCUGCGUUUCUUCCACAGCUGUCAAUCACGCUCGGCUGAAGCGGUUAGAGAAGUGACAGAGUUCGCUAAGAGUAUCCCAGGAUUCAUCGACCUGGAUCUCAAUGAUCAGGUUACCUUACUAAAGUACGGAGUGAUCGAGGUUUUAAUCAUCAUGAUGGCUCCUCUGAUGAACAAAGACGGCACCCUGAUCUCCUACGGGCAGAUCUUCAUGACACGGGAGUUCCUCAAGAGUCUCAGGAAACCUUUCUGUCAAAUGAUGGAACCAAAGUUCGAGUUCUCUGUAAAGUUCAACAUGCUGGAGCUGGACGACAGCGACAUGGCGCUGUUUCUAGCGGUCAUUAUCCUCAGCGGGGACCGUCCCGGCCUGCUCAACGUGAAGCCCAUCGAGCAGCUGCAGGAGACGGUGCUUCACUCGCUGGAGCUGCAGCUGAAGCUAAGCCACCCGGACUCUCUGCAACUGUUUGCCAAGCUGCUCCAGAAAAUGACCGACCUGCGUCAGAUCGUCACCGACCACGUCCACCUCAUCCAGCUGCUGAAGAAGACUGAGGUGGACAUGUGCUUACACCCACUGCUGCAGGAGAUCAUAAAGGACUUGUAUUAGAAUGUAUCUGGGGAGACCGACAAGUGGAGAGGAGAGGAGAGAAAGGGAAAAAAAAUAGAGGGAAUAAAUAGAUUUUGUUUUUGAAAUCAUGAGUUGUGAAAUAAAGAGGAGAAAAAAGGAGAUUACCAGACAGGCUGACUGGAAAUAAGAUAGAGAAGGGGAAGAACAGCAAAAAGCCAAAAAGUCAGAAUCAGAGUGUUAAAUCUUGUCUAGACAUGUGAGUAAGUUAUGGUGCACGGUCGUUCAGCCCCUGCUGAGCCUGGACAUUUUGUGAAUGAGCGGGCUGCCAAGUGAAAUAUGAAACAAUUGCCUAUUGCACCAAUCAGGAUGAGCAACUCUUUUUUCCACUGUAAUAGUGGAGACUUUCUUAUUGGCGAGACGGUGCUUUGAAUGGUGAAAGCUCAUUACCGCACACACUCUAGGAGGAUCAAAGUAUCACUGUGAAUAUUUUAUACCAUAUGUAACACACUGCUUCAUGUACAGCUCAUCUACACACACGCUACGUUACAACCGUCAUAGGCAGCAGCAGCAGUGUGUGCUUGCCUACAAACCUCCGUGAACAAGCAAAAAACUGCAUGAACGCUUUCUAGUGUCAACACAUUCUCUGUUUGGGCAUCAGGGAGGAAGGUGCUAUUUCUUUUAAAUCAGCUUAAUCCAAAAAUCAGAAAUCUGAUUAUUUCCUGUUCCAUAUUUUAGACUCAGCUACCUGCAGAAACUGUGAGAAGACGUGAAGUACACAUAAGAGGCACAUAACCAGAAAGAUGAAACCGUUUGUGCCUUAUUGUGCCUUUAAGAUUUGCUGUUUGACUCUUGUGUGGAAUUUAAAAAAAAAACAUGAUCUACAUUAAACAUGUAUAAUGUUAAAUAUAUUCUCGUAUAUAUUUUUUUGUAUGGGAAAAAAAAUUGUCAAACAACUUGCUUUACAGCCUUUUUUUCAAAUUCUUUCAAAGAGGUUUGAGCUUUACUGACUUUAGUGAUUUUGUAAAUAUUCUAAGUGUUCACCGUGUCUGAUCAAUGAGAUUUUGUUUUUUAACGGGGGGGGGGUUAGACAAAGGGACUGGAUUGAUUACAAACGGGCGGGAAAAGGAGACAUUUUCUGUAAAUAAAAAUAUUUUCUAACUUUUUAUUUAAA